AUGUUGCCAAGGCCGUCAGCCAGAAGAAGAUAUCGUAACGUUUUACCAAUCCUAUUGCACGGAGACGCCGCCUUUGCCGGGCAAGGGGUAGUCUACGAGACCAUGCAAAUGGCCGAGGUGCCCGAUUUUGAUGUCGGUGGAACCAUUCACGUCAUCAUCAACAAUCAGAUUGGCUUCACCACCAACCCCCUACAUUCGCUCUCAGUGCCCUACUCGUCGGAGUUGGGCAAGGCCUUCAAUUGCCCCACCUUUCACUGCAACGGCGACGAUCCCCUAGCAGUAUCGACGGCACUCGAGACAGCCGUCGAAUGGCAUCACGACUGGGGCAUGGAUGUCAUUAUCGAGAUGGUCUGCUACCGUUGUAAUGGUCCCAACAAAUUGGAUCAGCCGGCCUUUGCACAACCCAAACUCUAUAAGGAAAUCUCUCAACACCCACCAACCCUGGAUAUUUUCGAAAAAGGAUUGAUUGAAGAAGGAACCUUAUCCAAAGAAGAUGUUAAGAGAUCCGUGACUUUACGCUGGAAAGCUACGAGAAGGAUUGGAAGCUUCCAAGAUGUAUGUGGAAAAGGAGACGGAUUGGUUGAGCUCCAGGUGGACUGGUUUCAAAGGGCCGUCGCAGAUUAG